CACCAAUCGUCACCACGUUGGCAGCAAAGCGGCGCGAACGCACAAAUGACCUUGGCGGGCUAGCAGAACUGGGUUGCUAGAACCCUCCGCAUUGAAGUUCUCAGAAGAUAACUGUUCCCAAACUAAUGUUCAUACAUCUGGUGUGUUGUCUAAUAUGGAACCUCAACCUGAUUCAUCUGAAUUUACCAAUCUGCAAACAAAUGAUUGUAUAGUACUGCCAAGUAGUAUGAAUUCCGAAAAUAUUAGCAGUAGAUUUUGCGAUAGUCCUUCUGAACUUAUAGUUCGAAGUCAUGAAACUGAAAGUCAUGAGAUGCCAGCAGAGGUUGUUAUGGACACUGGCGUAGUUGAGAUUUCUCAGGUUGAACACAAACAUUCUAGUUCGGACUUAUCCUGCAGUGUUCAGCUGGAAAACUUAUCUUCAGCUAGUGUGGUUAAGAUGAGCCAAAAACUCGUUCAAAUCAAUGAUGACGCUGAGCUCGAAAUUGCAUCACCACGACUUAUAAAUGAAAGUAAACAUGCCAGUCCUCCCACUAACUUUCCAACAGAUACCGAUUUGGAAUCUUUACAGUUAAAUGCCAAAGUUAAUGACACUGUUCAAAGUUUCAAAGUGUCACAUGAGAACCAUUCAGAAAGUGCCAGUGAUUGUGAAGCUAAGAGUUCGGAAAACGAUGAAGUUCAUCAAUCUGAUAAUUUCUUACUUCACAAACAAAUUGAAACGCUGACAUGUAAACUUUUGGCUACACAAGAACAAGUUGACCGGCUCUUAGAAGAAAAGCGUUUGUGGAUUGGGAAUAUGUCGAGUUCAAACACUGCCAAGGAACCGAACCACCAGGUAACUUCAGGUGAACUACGUGGAAGGUGGAUGCAAGCAAAAAACUUGGCAGAAACAUAUAAGCGUGAAAAAGAGGCUAUGGUUAUCAAAUAUGCACAGAGUGAACAAAAGCGAUUCCAAUUAGAACAACAAAUUCAUAGUCUUGAAUGCAAAAUAAGCCGUUUGGUCAAUACAAAUAACCUGGAACAGCUACAACAGAAAACUAAUGAAAGUGAAGAAAACAACAUCACUGAUAAGUCUUCACCGAAGAAACAAGCUCAUAAAACAACAGCGAAUAGUUCAUUCACAGAAAAGACUAAUUCAUCAAAUGAAAAAUCUAGUAUGGAACAUAUUCAAAAGGAACUUGCUACCGCUCGAGAACGAAUAGAUGCUUUACUAAAAAGACAAUCAACGGAUGAAUCACGUAUUACUACACUGACAACAAAAUUAUCUCAAGCACAAGAAUCGCUUAAAAGUGAACAAAAGAAAUCUUCAUCUUUGAAUGAUAAUUUAAAUCGUGUUAAUAAAUCUCUAGAAAAUGCACUUAAACAAGCAAAGGAAGCUGAACGUCUGCGUGAGCGUGAAGCAGAACGUCUGUGCUCAGAAGUGGCACUUCAAGAAGCUCAAGCUACCAUAAAACAAGUUCAGGGUGAAAAUGAUUCUUUAAAACAACAACUAAAGGAUCUAGAAAACGUAAAGUGUGAUUAUGAGAAAUCUCAAUCUCGUAUACAGGAACUUACAAAUGAAUUAUCAUCUUCAAGUGAUAUGAAAUUAGAACUACAGUCAUGUAAACAUCGUAUAGAUGAACUGUCAGAUUUUACACGUCGUUUAACUGAACGUAAUACUAAUUUACAGGCAGAGCAUUUAGUUACUCUCAGUUCACUAGAAGAAAUUAAACAUCAGUUAGCUGAAAAAGAUGAAGAAAUUAUCCAGUUGAAUGAAAAGUAUGAAAGUGAACGUAAUCAAUUACAAGUGAAAAUCAGUACAUUACAGAGUGAAUUCGACGAUUUAUAUGUAAAGUUAAAUCAACUCAAUGACUCUGAGAAUCUUCUCAGAAUUCAACUGAAAGAAGAGAAACAACGUGCUACUGCAAUGCAUAAACGUGAUGCUGCUCGAAUUAAAGAUAUAGCCAGAGAAGUUACACGUUGUUUAUCAUCGCAUCAAUAUAGUAGUAGUAGUAGUAGUAAGAUGAAUGCAGCAGAUUGUUGUCAGAGUAUAAUUAGUUCAAAUUCUAUAGAUGUUGUCGUGAAUCAUGAUAUAAAUUCUGAUCCGAAAUCAUGUAGAAAAAAUUCACUCAAUGGUUCAUUGAAAUCUUUAGAUUUAAGUCAAUUACCUACAGAGCCUGAGAAUGACAAAACUGCUAGUCCCUCAUCUGUUGUAGAACACAGAACAACAACAGAUCGGCUUGAUUCCUUAUCAUCGCCAAAUAACACUCCCAGUCAAAAGGAUAAUUCUCUUGAACAGAUAACUGAUGAAAUUACAACAAAUAAGCUCGAGUGUUCCGAACGCGAUGCUCUUCUGUUAAAAAUCGAUCGUCUUCAGCAUAUUCAAGUUAGGCUAACUGACAAACUUGAAUUCUUUCAAGAACAUUGUUAUCAACUUACAGAAGAAUUGAAUAAAAAGAGUAAAAUUAUCCAGAAUCUUCUAGUUACCAGUGACAAACGAUGUGGUGAUAAUAAUAAGCAGGGCAGAAAAGUGAAAACUUCCAAUCAUAAACACAAUUCAAUCAUAUCUUCUUUUACUGGGAGUAUUAAAACAACGAGAACUACUGACACUGAAAUUUGUCACCAGGAGAUUGAAGAAAAACUUCAAACUUUACUCGAGAAUACAAUGUUCAAAAAUAUUACAUUAAAGGAGAAUCUGCAUACUUUAGGAUCAGAAAUAUCAAGUCUACGCUUAAAUCAUGAACGUGUAUUGAAUUCACUUUGUCAACAGUGUAAAUUAGCCAAUCAAAGUAUGCAUAAAACACCAACAAAAUUAAAUCAAACACAUCUGUCAAAUAAUAAUAAUAGUAGUAGUAGUUAUUCAACAAAAAUAAAAUCCGAACCUCCAAUAUUUCAAAAUGGUGGUAUGAGUGCAUAAAUGGUAUCUAUCACAGUUACAUAUCUGUUGCCUGCAUUUAAACACUCUCUCAUGGAUGGUAUUCACAUAGGUAAGCAUGACAACACAAAGAAUACAAAGGAAUGUUUAACGCUGCUUUCCCGUAUUCAAAAUGAAGUCCAUUGUAAUACUGUCGAUUGAAAAAAAAACUCAUUAAUGUACUCCUCAUUUCGUUUAGUUUUAUUGUUAUUGGCCGAAUUGCUUUUAUCCCUCCCCACCUUUUUUCCCCAUGUUAUCUGUGAUCAUUGUGGUUAUAUAUCAUGCAAGUUGUUUUAACAAUUGUUUUUUUUUAAAUUUGUGUAUUUUAUCAAAUUUUAUUUUAUUAGUUUAUUUUUGUUUUUCUCUUUGCAUUUCUCUGGAAUUGUUUCCAACAGUUUGGUCUGUUAUGUGUUGAAUAUGUUGAAUACUGACUGACUGAUUGACCUGACCUGAGUUAUUGUGUUUCAGUGUUUGUUAUACAUUGUCUUUGUGCGUGUGUGUGUGUUUUUGUCCAAAGUUAGUGUUUCCAUUCAUUGGGUAACAUUCAUUUAUCAGCAAAUCAUUCCUUCUUAGUUUUCAAGUAAUGUGACUUUUAUUUCUACAUGUCUGCGUCUCUUAGAAUUGAAGCGCUGCAUUCUUGUGUCUUUCUACAGUUACUCAGCUGUAUUAUUGUCAUUUUUAGCCUGUAUUUUAUUUAACUGAUUACAAAUUAUUUCUGAAAAGAUUUUCCUGUCCUGAAAAAUAUUUUUCUCGUAUCUUCAAAAAAAAGAAAAUAUACAUUCCACCUUU